UCCUGGGGCAGAGAGUCCGAAAGUUAAGAGAGAGUUUAGGAGAGUUAGGUUCAAAGUGUGUGCGUGGUGGGGGGGGNAAGCGGAUUGAAGAGCAGGCAGUGGGCACCAGCUGCUCACCACCUCCAGCAAACACCUGGCUCUUCCCUACCCAUCCCUCACCUGCCUCACCCGGUCCUGUCCCACCUUACGAACGGUGGAGUUAGUUGACUGACUCUUAAGCUGAGGGACAAAAUGAAAUCGCCUCUGGUAACCUUGUUACUGCUGUGCUGUCAGGCGGGACAGCAUCUGUGUGCCCUCAAGAACAUCCUUCUGAUCCUGACUGAUGACCAGGACUUGCAGCUGGGAGGGAUGACUCCCAUGAAGAAGACUCAGGCAUUAAUUGGGAAUGAAGGAGCUACGUUUACCAAUGCAUUCACAGCCACCCCACUGUGCUGUCCCAGUCGCAGUAGCAUCCUAACCGGACAAUAUCCUCACAACCAUCUGGUGCGUAACAACUCGGUGACUGGGAACUGCAGCAGCUUGCAGUGGCAGAGGGCGAUGGAACCUCAGGCUUUCUCCGUCUACCUUAAGAAGCGAGGAUACCAAACCUUCUACGCAGGCAAAUACCUCAACAAGUACGGACAUCCCUCUGUGGGUGGCACAGCCCAUGUCCCACUGGGCUGGGAUCAUUGGCAUGGACUGGUGGGAAACUCCAGGUAUUAUAACUACACUCUGUCUGUGAACGGGAAGCAGGAAAACCACGGAGAUGCCUAUGAAAAGGACUACUUGACCGAUCUCAUAGCGAACCGUUCGGUGGAUUUCCUGGAAACACGGCGUCGCUCUGCUCCUUUCUUCAUGAUGUUGUCCACUCCAGCCUGCCACUCUCCCUGGACAGCGGCCCCACAUUACAGCAAGUCCUACAGCACGACCAAAGCUCCUCGUCACGGCAGCUUCAAUCUUCACGCUAAGGAUAAACACUGGCUGCUACGGCAAGCUAAAACCCCGAUGAAGAACACUUCCAUCCAAUUCCUGGACAAUGUCUUUAGAAACAGGUGGCGAACACUGCUGUCUGUGGAUGAUUUGGUGGAGAAGGUCAUCAAUAAACUGCAGCAAGUGGGGGAGCUGAAUAACACCUACAUCUUCUAUACCUCUGACCACGGCUAUCACACAGGCCAGUUCUCGCUCCCCAUUGAUAAGCGACAACUGUAUGAAUUUGAUAUCCGUGUCCCCCUGCUCGUACGAGGGCCGAACAUCAAACCGAAGCAGACUAUAACGGCACCUAUACUGAAUAUCGACCUGGCUCCCACCUUCCUGAAUAUCGCUGGCUAUGAUGUACUGGGAACCAAUAUGGAUGGCACCUCAUUCCUCCCUCUCUUGAAUUCAUCGCACGGUAAAAUUCGCUGGCGUUCUGACUUCCUGAUUGAAUACACUGGGGAAGGCAGUGAAGACAAGGACCCUAAGUGCCCUAAUGUGGGACCUGGCAUGUCUGAAUGCUUUCCUGACUGUGUGUGUGAGGAUUCCUUCAAUAACACAUACGCUUGUGUGCGAACACUCUCUAGCACUAACCUGCAGUACUGCGAGUUUGCAGACAAUGAGACCUUCGUAGAAGUCUAUAACUUGACGUCUGACCCCCAUCAGCUGAAGAAUAUCGCUAAGACAGUGAACCCCUCACUGCUGGUGAAGAUGAACCAGCGGCUAAUAAAGCUGGAGUCCUGCUCUGGGUAUGACUGUCGUAUCAUCCAGAGAGAGGCCGAACCCAAGGCUUAAUGAAGGGGAUGGAACGAAGAGUUGCUCAGUGUCUCGGCUGCUCUCUGGGAAUUGAUGUUUGAAUGUGAAGCACCAGCCUUAAUCCAGGGGAAAGAUUAGCUGUAACCUGAAGCCUGGGACUGUAGCCGUGACAUUCUCAAUUGACCAAAUGAUGUGCAAUACCUUAAAAGUUCAGGAAUAAUGUGAAUAGAAUACGGAGAAAUAUUCCUUCCAUCUCAAACCGACAGCCAAGCAAGCGGUGAGAAGGAUUGUGACUGAGCCGCCCAAUUUUGAGUGUGGACAGUCCCUGCCACCUAUCACUUUCUCUGGCUUCGCUGGUCGAUGUUGAGAAAAUGCUUCGCGUACUUUGCGUUAGUUUUUUGUAGCCUGGAAACGGUUUACUGGCUUCCAUUGUUGAGUAACUGUGGGUGAUUUCGAACAAUGAGGGUUUCCCUCUCAUUGAUGCAAUAACCUUCUACUCAGAUUGGGCUAACUACAGGCCGGGAGGAAACUAAUAUGCAGUAUUCCAGGUUACAAUUACCUGAGCCCGCUAAAGGUUUUUUUUUGCUUUGAUUUUUUUUGUUGUUGGGUAGUGUUGGAAACUGCUUUAAUGCUCAGAUCAUUCAUGUUGUGGUGCAGCCAACCAUAAAUGGCUCAUUUGCUCAUCGCCUUUUCUUGUGUAUGUGAAAGAAAAUGACUUAGACCAAAGGCCUUAUUUACUGCAGUAAAGAAGGCUCCAUUCAUCUGGCCCGCCCGCUCCCUGCAUAAAUGUUAUGUUUCUGGAAGGGAAGCACAAAAAUAUAGCUUGUGCGGCCCAAGAAUAUUUCUCAAAUAGGGCAUCUGGUCCUCAGCAGCCAAAAAGUUGGACUCCC